AAUGUUGCAAACAAUGCGCUUAAUCGACGUACUACUGUACAACUUCAACAAAUGGAUGUGAUGAUGAUGGGAGACGGUCCCGGUCGUCGAUUGCGGAAAAACGUCGCCAAUGUUCGCAGGCACGUCGACUAUGUCGCUACUGUCCUGAAUCAUGCUGAGUCUCGUCUAUGGCAAUAUAAGCGAUGGCAACGACCAGUUCAGCAGCCAGACGAAUUGUAUCAAAACACAGCACUUCCAGCUCGAUGUACACCGGAAACUCCUGUGGACUGUAUUCUUACAAAGUUUGUGAGGGCAGCAAUGAAUAAAGUAAAGUGCCCUGUCUACAGCUUGUGUUGGACCCCUGAAGGCAAACGUCUGAUCACGGGUGCAUCAACAGGAGAAUUCACUUUGUGGAACGGAACUGCGUUUAACUUCGAAACAAUCCUGCAGGCCCACGAUUCGGCUAUUCGUGCAAUGACAUGGUCGCAUAACGAGCAGUGGCUUGUGUCGGCUGAUCACGAGGGAUUCAUCAAAUACUGGCAGCCAAAUAUGAACAACGUCCACAUGUAUCAAGCUCAUAAAGAUGAACCAGUGCGAGGGUUGUCUUUCGCUCCAACCGAUGUGAAGUUGGCAUCAGCGUCUGAUGACGGUACUGUCCGCAUAUGGGAUUUCGCACGAUGUGUCGAAGAACGGGCCAUGCGUGGUCAUGGGUCAGAGGUAAGAUGCGUUGCUUGGCAUCCAUCUAAAGGAAUGAUUGCCACUGGCUCAAGAGAUUCGCAGCAGCCUGUUAAGUUAUGGGAUCCACGAACUGGAGACUGCUUAACGACGCUUCAAGACCACAAGAGCUCGGUCAUGGCCGUAGAUUGGAAUCGAAACGGUAAUUGGCUACUGACGGCUGGUCGCGAUCAUCUCGUUAAACUUUACGAUCUACGUUGUAUGAAGGAGAUGUAUUCAUACAAAGGACACAAAAAAGAAGUCACAUCAAUAGCGUGGCAUCCUAUCCACGAGGGACUGUUUGUAUCUGGUGGUGGAGAUGGGUCCAUUGCAUACUGGCUGGUAGAAAAUGAAAAGGAGGUAGCAUUCUUGGAGCAUGCUCAUGACCAAGCAGUUUGGGCUAUGAAGUUCCACCCAAUGGGACAUAUAUUGGCCACUGGAUCAAACGACAACAAUACCAAGUUUUGGGCGCGAAACCGACCAGGCGAUACGCAAGAAGAUAUUUUUGGCCUGGCUUCAUUUACUACUAACAUGGUUGGGGCACUGGACAAAGAGCGUGAACCGAAGAGCGCUUCUGUUCGACUUGAGGAAGAAUAUUUAGCUCCUGUUAUACCAGGAAUGGGAUUGGAUGGAGAUGUUGUGGAGAAAAUGAAUCGUGAUAUCACAUCGAAUCCCGCAUCUGCUCAUCACACGAUGUUACUCAUGCCGGAAGAUUUGAACGCUCGACAUCAGCACAAUGCAAAUAUUGGAGCGAAGAAGACAUUAAUAAAGCAACCACCUCCGAAGAAAGCUCAGCGGCAGUUCGAACGUAUGUGGAACGUGUCAAAACCUAGUGGACCUGGUGGUCAUAAACUCGAUAAAUGUUUUUCAGUUGAAGAUUUCGAUGAUGAACCGGAGGAUGAGUUUUUCCAGUCACAGCAACAGCGAUUGCUCGGGCAAGCGCCUCCUCCAAUGACCAUGUUAGCUCAGACUGGUUAG